AUGAUUCAUCGACUAUUGCUGAGAAGGUACUACAGCUCAACUCAACUAGUGGGAGAUGUGGGCCAGUAUUUGAAACAAUGCAGGAUAAAUGAAGUUAAUACCAACUCGACGGUCUUUCGAGGUACAUUGUACGAGUUCCAUGUCAAACACCUACUUGAAACAAAGUUGCAGGCAAAGAAUAUGGUUCGGUGCGGUGGAGCAUAUGAUAACGGAAUAGACAUUAUCGGCCAAUGGGACCUUACACCGUUUUACAAAGAGUCUUUGAAGAUUAACAGUAUCGAGCAGAAAAUUAGCAGCUCUUCUUUACUCAACUAUACCGCAGGAUCUUCUGCCAAACGACCCAUUUCGUUACUGGAUGAUAUACAACUAGUGGUUCAAUGUAAGAAUACGAAAAAGAGACUAGGUGCCGCCGAAGUACGACAGUUGUCAGGUACAUUAGAAUAUCAUAAGUUCAACAAGAAAAAGACGUUUAUGUUGAUGGUGAGUCCGCAUCCACUUACAGCACAAGGUAUCUCCCAAUUGAAUAAAUCGACUUAUCCAAUGAUAAAUUUAGUUGUUUCACCAUUGAAAAAUAAAAUUGAUCACUAUGAUUAUGCGAGUUGGGAAGGCGGGAAUUUAUCGUCGGUUUAUUUCAAUCUAGCAGCGACGAAGCGAUUGAGUGGAUUCAGAAUGGAUCAUCAAUUGUUACUGUUGACUAAUUAA